AAACAAAUUGCAAAUCAAAUCCCCAUUCUCGAAUAUCAUUGUCGGUGAGCAUUAAAAUCAAAAUUUCGAAGACCAGUGCUUUAAGCCGGAAACCGCAACAACCAAACACCAGGCUGGUCGUCGCAGCCACCGAAGCAGCCCGCGAAGGCUCCACGCAACAGUUGCGCAAGCAUCGGAGCAGCCCUGUUCGCGUCGCAGUCUCCAGCAGCCACCACCACACAACAAUUUCGGGCGGUGCUGCUUGCCUCGACAACUCGCCGUCCCCGACAACCCACAACCUCUGCCUUGCACAAUCCCCGUAUCUCCCACUCGAUUCGUGCAACAAUUUGCGUGAAUUUGAUGCAAAUGGCAAUUUUUCGAUCACGAACAUGGCUUUCAAGAGCCUUCAGUUCUCUCCCCUCUAAUCUUCUUCGGGUCUGUGUCGUCGGCAGCGGACCUGCUGGCUUUUACACUGCCGAGAAGAUGUUGAAAGCUCAUCCGAAAGCUGAAGUUGAUAUCUUGGAUCGAUUGCCAACCCCAUUCGGAUUAGUUCGUUCUGGUGUUGCUCCUGAUCAUCCUGAAACUAAGAUUGUGAUAAACCAGUUUACCCGGGUUGCGAAAAAUGAUCGGUGCAUGUUCCUUGGAAAUGUGAAUCUUGGGUUGUCUGUUUCACUAAAAGAGCUUCGAGAUUUAUAUCAUGUGGUAGUGCUUGCAUAUGGUGCUGAAAGUGACCGGGUUCUUGGUGUUCCUGGAGAGGUAGGUCUUCUCUUUUCGUCUGGAGGAGGGGAUCUGGAAGGUAUACACUCAGCUAGGGAGUUUGUUUGGUGGUAUAAUGGACAUCCAGAUUGCAGGAACUUGGCUCCUGACUUGCAGACUACAGAUACAGCUGUUAUUCUUGGCCAGGGAAAUGUAGCUCUUGAUGUUGCGAGAAUCCUUUUAAGAUCCACUGCUGAACUGGCAACCACUGAUAUUGCUAGUCACGCAUUAGGUGCUUUGGAGAAGAGCUCAAUAAGGAAAGUGUAUUUAGUUGGAAGGCGUGGUCCAGUACAGGCAGCUUGUACCGCAAAAGAAUUACGUGAAAUACUUGGGAUUAAAGAUUUGUACAUCAACAUUCAAGACGUUGAUCUUCAGAAAAGCCCAAUGGAUGAGGAAGAAAUGAGGACCAGUCGAAUUCAGAAAAGGGUGUAUGAAUUACUAUCUAAGGCAGCCACUUCAAGUCCUGUGAGUCCCACUACUGGUCAGCGGGAGCUCCACUUUGUUUUCUUCCGGAAGCCAGACAGAUUUCUGGAAUCAGAGAAGAGAAAUGGCAAAGUUGCUGCUGUUCACUUUGAAAAGACAACUCUUAAAGUGGAUUCAGGAAGACAGGUUGCAGUUGGGACCGGAGAAUAUGAAGACAUUGAAAGUGGGCUGGUGCUAAAGAGCAUUGGCUACAAAUCUAUUCCAGUUGACGGUUUGCCCUUUGAUCAGCACAGAGGUGUUGUUCCAAAUUCAAGAGGGCGGGUGUUGCAAACUACUUCAGGUGAUCUUCUGCUGCUUGAGGAAGGUUUAUAUGUUUGUGGGUGGUUGAAGAGGGGACCAACUGGAAUCGUUGCAACAAAUCUGUAUUGUGCAGAGGAAACUGUUGUCAGCAUCAUGGAGGACCUUACUCAAGGACCAUUAGUGUCAACUUCAACCUUAUCAAAACCAGGCAGGGAAGGGCUUCUCGAGUUGUUAGAUAAUCGCAAAGUCACAGUGUUUCCAUUCAGUACCUGGGAAAAGAUAGAUGCUGAAGAAAAGCAGCAAGGAAGUUUGAAACACAAACCCAGAGAAAAAUUAUCCUCCUGGCAAGAGCUACUGAAAGUUGGAUCAGAAUGAAUUGACUCCCAUCUCAAAGAUUUCCAAUUUUACGGUGGAAGGAAAAGUUCAGAACAUUUUGAGUUCGUUUGACACCAUUAAUACUGUUGUAUAGACUAUAGAGCACCAUUUUUAAAGUACUUAGCUGUGAGAUAUCUAGUACACCAAACUAGUUGUUAUCUCAUAUUUUUGAUGUAUUGUUCUGCUCAAGCAGCUUGUAGAAUGUGCCAUCUCUUUUAUUCACUCAAUAAGUCAAGAUUUGGUUAUCACUUACCAAUCCAUAGUGCAUAACAUUUUAGAGACCGAACCCUUGAAAAGGCGUCUGAUCUAGGACAAAAAACACUAUUGUCUUUCUUUAGCAAUUCACCAUUUUCUGGGUUUUGACGAAUUCAUCUAUGAAUGGAUUCUGCUUUUGGCAGGAUAACUGUUGCUAUUUUUAGAAUUGCCAUACUUGCAUAAGGUACAUACAAGUAUACAUCUAUAUCUCCUUCAGGUUGAAGUAUUCUUUGAUACGACUCAAGUUAUUUGAGACUUUUGAACUGAAAGUACAUAAAAUAAUAACCUGAUUAUGCAUCUGAAUUCUACAAUAACAUAUGCAUACAUGUUUGCAGAAACUUGUACAGGUUCAGCUACUGCUAAAUAAUUUUGCAUCCCUGCCAUCAAGUAUGAUACGAAUGCAGUCUAAAUUUGCGGUGAAGGCAUUUUAUUAUACGAAGACUAUUCUGCCGAAGGAUGUUUUGGGAGUUUGACAAUGUUCACCUCUGGUGGAUUAUUCUGAUGAGGGUGGGGAUCUUCUGUGGAACAUGGAGUUGGAAAAAACUUCAGAAUCAAAAAGAUUACAGGGAUAUUUGCGGAUUUGAGAAAAAGACUUCAUUUUUGCCGUCUUCAAACAUCAUUUUACACAGGUUAUAUCAGACGCCGACAAUUCUCUAGCCAUCAUUUCAGGUGAGAAACUAUCAGGUUAGAUUCGGAAAUGAGUUUGACAGACCAAAAACUGUGCUCUACUCACACAGAGUCGUGUUAAAUCAUCUGGUCCUGUUAAAUUGAUAUGUCUUCUUUACCUUCAAUUAUUAAAGCGGUCUUUGGAGGGACCCAAUAAAAGAUUGAAGUCGACGUACGGAUGGAAAAGAAUUGGUAAAUAAUUCAGAUAUGCGCGCCCGUGCUAAUAGAGGGCAUGAGUUCUUGUCUUUUCAUCUGUGUGUGUACUUCAUGAGGGACGAUUGUAAUUUGUAAGCAGCAGACAAUUGAAGUUAUGGCUAGGCUGUUAUAAAUACACUUGAAUUAUUAUUUGUGUAGUACUGUACUUGACAAGUAGUGUAUUUUGUACUGCUUUUUUUAACUGAUGUUGAUAUAUCAAACACAUUAUUACUCUUUUCUUUUCA